AUUUUCCUGGAUGCUGAUACAGGAGCAGCCAACAAUAUCUUGUGCUUCCUGCAGCACCACCACAAAGCCGUCCUUUCAUACCAUCAUACCGCAGAGCUGUCAAACCAUACACAAAGCUCGAAGGAGCUAAAGAGCUCCCAUCUAUCUCUGAUUCCAUUCCAUUCCAUCCCCGGCAGCGCAAAAGUCCACCGCGCUAUAUAAUUUCUAGGCACCAAAAGCAGGUGCUGUGCUCAUAUCCAAAGAGCUUUUACGGUACCGUGUUAGAAAAAUUAGCUGCACAUCCCUUCCAAGUUAUUCCCCUAAGACCGAUUGCAUUUUGUUCCUUGAAUUCCUUGGCAAGAUUCUUUCAUUCAUCUGGAAGUCAUCUUGGAAGACGCCGGCGUUGCCGCAUUGCGCGGGGAAUUGGAAUUUGGAAGAAGGCGUCGGUUUCUGCAGUUCUUUUCUCUGUCUCUUUUUUACCAUUAUUCAGUGCAGAUAGGUUUCUUCAGCUCUUCUUGUAAUGCCGUACUUAAAGGCCGGGAAGGGCUUGGAAGAAAGGGAUGACUUGAGGCCAUAGUGUGUGUGAGAGGGAAUGCGAAAGCUCUAUCCGUUCGUCCUCUGUCCUUGUUAGCAUGUGCACAUCAUCUUUGCUUCAGUUUUGAUUUUUUUUUGGGAGCUGUUGAGGAGCUCUGUUUUAGUUGUUUCUGCCACCUUUUGGUGUCCGUUUCUGCCGAGGAGAGAUUGAAUUGACAAGCAGCAAUGCUACUGUUCAAGAGAAAAAGACUGCUCCUUGCAUCUGCAUAUUUUGUGAUUCUCUUGCUUCUCACACCGACCCAGGGUGAUUCAAAUUCAGAGCAAAGCUACAAGAUCGCUCAGCCUUUGGAGCUCACACCAAAACUCUCGUUGCAACUCAAGCUCCAUGCCUUCCUUCUCUGGUCUUCAGUUGGCUUCCUGAUGCCGAUUGGAGUGCUGCUGAUCAGAGCCUCCAGCAAUGUCAAAACCGCCAAGAGCGUCAAGCUUCUCUUCUACUUCCAUGUUGGUUCACAGAUUGUCGCCGUCGUUCUCGCCACCGCCGGGGCGGUGCUGUCGAUAAGCAACUUCGAGAACGCCUUCAACAACACUCACCAGAGGAUCGGGCUGGCGCUGUACGGCUUCAUCUGGCUCCAGCCGCUCAUCGGCUUCCUGAGGCCAGACAGAGGCAUGAGGUUCAGGAGCGCGUGGUACCUGACGCACUGGCUCCUGGGCAUCGGCAUCUGCGUCGUCGGCGUCGCCAACGUCUACAUCGGCCUGCACACCUACCAGGAGCGGACCGGCCGGAGCGCGCGGCUGUGGACAGUGCUCCUCACCGUAGAGGUCGCGGCCAUGGCGUUCGUGUACCUGUUCCAGGACCGGUGGAACCACGUGGUGCGGCAGGAGGAAGCCGCCCUGGGCGACGAGCGGAGCGAAGGAUCCACCAUGUACCCGGCCAACGACCACAAGGAGGUCAUCGUGGUGCCGUGAGCUAAUCUUUUCUUUCGGCAAGGCUCCCCGAAUUACACUGGCUUAGACGGCGAUCGAUCGAGCGGAUUGGAUACCGUGAAUGCCGUCUUGGAGAGCUUGCAUCUGUACAGGUGAAUGGGCGAUGUGCUUGAAUCCUUGAAAGAAGAGGCCGGCCGCUGAGUGCCCGCCACUGAAAUACACACCGGUUUCUAACUCUGACAAAUUCUAGAGUAGUUCGAUCCUUGCGUUGCGUUCCUCCAGGGUAAUACGAGAUGUGUGGAUUCCCAAUCUUGUGUGCUGGGAAAAGGACUCCGCUUGGUACCCUCACCCCAAUUUCGGGACAGUACGAUUGUCUAACUUGUUGAGUGAAGCCUGCGAAGUGGCAUGUUUCUUUGUCUCAGGCGCGACGAGCUUAUGCGAAGUGGCAACUUGGUGGGUUGUGGUUGUGUGUAUUUUCAGGAAUGGGAGAAGGGAGAAAGGUGGCGACUUCGCGGCAAGCCGAUAAUCACGAAGACGCUAUGCACAGCGCAAAGUUAGCGACCGGCGGUGCGGGCCGGAAAGGUUUUGUCGCAACGAUGGUGGUCGCGGGGCAGAGUGUGAAGUCGGCGGUCAGUGGCACCAUCUUGAGCGGCGUCGUCAGGACUAAACAGGAAGCGAAGUUCUGGAGCCACUUCGGUAGGGUGAGCUAGUGCGAGCACAGCUGUAAAAGUGAUGAGUUGUAAAAGGUGGGGCAAAAGUGGUGUAAUGUUAUUGUAAUGCCCUCGAAUAUGCUUCGUGUAAAGUGAUAAAUGAGGGCAAUAGGUUGUAAAGUGUAACAAUUACGGCCCAAUAAAAGGGGACCGUCGUGAAUGCAAAGGGACAUGUUCUGGA